ACGAAAAUACAUCAGAUCGGAUGAAACUUCCAAGGGCAAUAUGUUGCCACGUUAGUAAGCUUCUGAAAAUCACAAACGCUCAUUUUAAAUAUCGCCGGUUGGGGUCUGCCAGAAGGAGGAAAAAAAAAAAACACAGAAUGGGGCGAGAAUUCAAGGGCCGGUUAGGAGUUCGAAAGGGUUCAUGGACUCGAGAAGAAGAUUUUCUGCUAAGGAAAUGCAUUGAGAAGUAUGGAGAAGGGAAGUGGAAUCUAGUUCCUCAGAGGGCAGGCCUCAAUCGAUGUCGCAAGAGCUGCAGAUUGAGAUGGUUUAACUAUCUCACUCCAAACAUUAAGCGUGGAGAGUUUGGUGCAGAUGAAAUUGAUCUCAUCAUCAGGCUUCAUAAGCUUUUGGGUAAUAGAUGGACGCUGAUUGCAGGUAGAAUUCCAGGAAGGACAGCCAAUGACAUAAAGAACUAUUGGAACUCACAUUUGAGUAAAAAGGUUAAAAAGGUUACUUUCCAUGAUAACCAGGAGACUGCAAAAGAUUCCGAAGUCCUAAAGCCAAAGCCUAGUAGACUCUCCAAGAGUUUGAUUAGUUCUGGGAAUCUUGAAGCCUCUAGAAGACAAGAAGAGGGUGGCGAGCCACUGUUGGAUCCAGACAAUGAUGCAAUAUGGUGGAAAGGUUUGUUCCAAAAGGGAGGAGAGAAUUGGCUCUUAGGAAAUGGAGAUGCAAUGGGAGAGCCAAUAUUUCUUCCUACCAUUGACGAUGGAGACGCUGAAGGAAUAAAAGAUGAAGAUGGUGCUUUUGUGGUGGACCGUCAAGAAUGGGACGACCCGAUGUUGGAUCCAAGCCUUUGGUUGCAAUUGGAAGGCCACUGUUUGGUUGACACUUAAAAGUCAUUUAAUCUCAAUUAUUAUUAGCGUGUGAGCA